AUGAAGGCCCAAAACGGAUGCUGGACGUGUAAAAGUGAGCCACGCCCUUCCCCUCUCCUCUCUCCGAUAUCGCUAACUCAAACAGAACGCAAGAUCGGUUGUGAUAGAAACAUACCAAAUUGCAACAACUGUUCUAGAACAAGAAGAAAGUGUCUAGGAUAUGGCUUGCGCCUCACUUGGCCUGGGUGCCGAAAUAGAAACGGGCGUGGACAGGAUGCUUUGACAUACGAGCCACCCAGCAGCCACACUACCCUCGAACGGGGCUACGGCAGACAGUUCAUUAGUUUCGGGGAAAUAGACAUACUUGCAAGCAGAGGGCAUGUCUUCGGGCAAGAUAUGUGGGAGAGGUAUUUAUUUGAGCGACCGCAGCUCACCCUCUCACUCCAUUCUCCCAUCGUUGGCCAAGAUGCCAUACUCUUGGACUAUUACGAGUCUGUAAUAUCCACCAUGGUCUCUACAACGAGUGCACGCAAUGGGUUUUCUAAUGAGAUGUUGCCCAUGGCAUUGUCCCGCCGGGAUACUGCGACUUCAGCAUUAUCCAAAGCAAUGCUUGCAAUAUCGGCUUAUCACCAUCUUGGCCCGGAAUCAGCAGCUAAAUACAAGUUAGACGCAGUGAGUCUACUUUCUGAGUCGUUAUCGGGCCAGGACAUCCUUACCUACAGCCACAUUAGUGACGUGCAGCUAGCUGCUUGCUUGAUGCUUGCCAUGUACAGCGUGUUCGACAAAAAUGAUGGCAGUUGGCAUAUACAUUUGCAUGGCUCUAGCGGCCUGGUUCAAAUGUCAGCUGCGUGCCAGCACCGCAACCCUUCCACAUUCCUUCUCACCUGGUUGCUGUACUACGAAGUUCUCGGCAAUUUUGCCCACCCUUCGCAUACAUCCUCCUAUGAUGUAGGGGCGGUCUGUAUUCAGGGCUCCAAGUUGGAGGACAACUACAUUAUUGGACAUCUUGGGUGUUCAGUGGAGAUUUUGGAAAUAAUCCACGAAAUUAAUGGUCUUCGGUCCCGAAAUUCUCGUUCUGCCGACCACCAAAGCUUGCAACCUAGUAUCGAAAGCCGGAUCUGGCUGGACGGGAGGUUGCAAGCUAUAAAUCAGCGUUUGCACCCUGAUGAAAAUCUUUGCACAACUCCAGCAGAGCGCUGCCGGACCUUGAUAACAGCGGAGCUAUACCGUCUCGCCGCAAUUCUCUAUCUGCAGCGUGUGUGCCCUAUGGAAGGGGAUCAUGCUAGACGCGUUGGCUACCUCGAUCAAGCUUUCGAUGCUUACGCAAAGCUGGAAAGCGUAUCCAGCCCGUGGCCGCUUUUCGUCGUGGCCUGCGAGUCUCGCAAAGACGAGCAAAGGUUGAUCAUUCUCGAGAUUUUAGACGAAAUGGACCACGCCCGAAGUAUUGGGAAUAUCUCCGAUAUGAGGAAGGCAAUUGAGAUAUAUUGGAAGCAGUGCGAUCUGAGAGUAGACAUGGAUCAGGCUCGGCAACUGGAGUGGUGGCGGUUCGUGGAUUGUGGUAUCACGGUACCCUGGUUUGUAUGA